AUGGCGGUAAGUCUGAACAAUCUCUUCUGUUUUCUGCUCGGCGGAUUGGCCAUGGCCUUUAAAACCGGUUUCUGCUCCACAGAGCUCUGAGUCGUCCGGCACCAACAGCUUCCCCGGAGUCCAGAAAUCUGCGGCGGCGUCUACCGCCCCCGCCGCCGCCGAGUCGCCGGUAACCACAUCGGGGACGAACUCAUCGCGGGCUGCUCCGCUCUCCACCGAACACAUGAACCGCCGCAACAACCAGACGCCCAAGAACAAGGCGGCGGAGUUUUUCCGUGAAAUUUUCGGGUAA